AUUGUGCAAAACGCAUUGUCUUCUAGUUUGAGAAAAGCUUCUUAUUGUCUGGUUAGAUUUGUUUGCAGAGUCAUUGAACAAGCCAACACGAUGCUCAACCGCAUGGAACACCGCGGAGCGUGUGGAUGCGACGACGAGACUGGUGACGGUGCGGGCGUCAUGACUGGCAUCCCCUACGAACUCUACGCACGCUUCGCCAAAGAGGCUGGCUUAGAGCUGCCACCGCUGGGGGAGUUCGCUGUCGGAAUGAUUUUUGUCAAUGACAAGGACAAGGUUGAGGAAGUAAUGCAACGCUUUGAAGUGUACGCUAACGACUGCGAAAUGCGGGUGCUAUUCUGGCGGAAGGCGGACGUGAACAACUCUCGAAUCGGCACGGUUGCCGCAUCCGCAGAGCCAGUCACUAUUCAGGGCAUGUUUACGAGCCGUCAGCUGUGGGACUACUACGAGGAUCUGCAAUCCCCAGACUUCAAGACGCACUUCGCCAUCGUGCACAAUCGGUUUUCAACGAACACCUUCCCCUCGUGGUCGCGUGCUCACCCUCAGCGCAUGAUGGCGCACAAUGGAGAAAUCAACACGCUUCGGGGCAACGUGAACUAUGCCAAGGCUCGCCAGGCCCUCAUGGAGAGCACUAGAUUCGGCCCGAGGCUGAAGCAACUCUUCCCCAUCAUCGAGAGCGGAAUGUCCGAUUCGGGGUGCUUCGACAACCUCCUCGAGUUCCUCUGCUACAGCAGCACUCGAUCGCUGCCCGAGGUGGUUAUCUCGAUGAUCCCCGAGGCCUGGCACGACGACAAAUCGAUGCCCGAGCACAAACGCAACUUCUACAAGUGGGCCGCCAGCCUCCUUGAACCCUGGGAUGGACCUGCUUUGAUUGUCUUCUCCGACGGCCGUUACAUCGGCGCCAUUUUGGACCGGAACGGUCUCCGACCUGCUCGCUACUACGCCACCACCGACGGCAUGAUCUACAUGUCCUCCGAGGUGGGUGUUGUGGACCUGCCCGACGCAGUCGGCGUGAAGGCCAAGGGACGCCUGAAGCCAGGUCGUCUGUUGAUCGUCGACACCCAGGCUGGCGAACUCCUCAACGACGAGCAGCUGAAGGAGGAAAUCGCCUCGCGUUACCCCGUCUACGACUGGGUCCGGGAAGGGGUGAGUGAGCUGUCUGGCAGAAUGUCCCUACUUUCCACGCCUCCUUUUUCGUUGGGACUUGAAAUGGGCACGUCGUUUGUUGACGACCACCGUCUUCCGCUCUUCGGCUUCACUCCUGAGAACAUCAACAUGCUCCUCGUCCCUAUGCUCACGAACAAGAAAGAAGCUCUCGGCUCAAUGGGCAACGAUGCGCCACUCGCGUGCGUUUCCGAGUUCGACCCCCUGGUCUAUGAGUACUUCAAGCAGCUUUUCGCACAGGUCACAAAUCCGCCGAUUGAUCCGUUCCGCGAGAGGAUCGUCAUGUCACUGGAGUGCCCAAUCGGACCGGAGGCGAAUGUCUUAGAACCAAGUCCAGAACAGGCCCACCGUCUCUGGCUCAAGCAGCCGAUUCUUUCGCUUGCCGACAUUUUCACCAUCACUGGGAGCACCCGGAAGGCGGACUUGGGCGACCUGCUGCGCAGGAGCCUCGACGACCUCUGCAGAGGCGCGGAGACGGCCGUGCGUGAUGACGGCGUCAGCCUCAUCAUCAUCAGCGACAGGCGGGUGGGACCGGACACCGUCCCGGUGCCCUCUUUGCUGGCACUCGGCGCUGUCCAUCAACACCUGCUCAAGUUGGAUCUGCGCAUGAAAUGCGGUCUCAUUGUGGAAAGUGGCGAAGCCAGGGAAAUUCAUCACUUCUGCGCUCUGCUGAGCUUCGGCGCCGAUGCCAUCUGUCCGUACAUGGUCUUCGAGUUGUUGCAGCGUCUGCGUGCAGAGGGCAUGCUCACACCAACUGGUAAUUACGUCAAAGCCGUCGAGAAGGGCAUUCUAAAGGUCAUGGCCAAAAUGGGCAUCUCCACCCUCCAAUCGUACAAGGCGGCGCAAAUCUUCGAGGCCGUGGGUCUCGCACAGGAGGUCAUAGACAAGUGCUUCACUGGAACUGUCUCGCGCAUUUCCGGAGCCGGCUUCGACGUCCUCGCGGCGGAGGUGUGUUCGCGGCACGCCAAGGCCUUCCGUCUGGUGCACACCGCCAACGGCAUCAACUCGCCGCUGGAUUCUGGUCUGUUCUCUCGCAAUCCCGGCUUCUACCACUGGCGUGUGGGAGGCGAGGAACACAUGAACAAUCCCACCACCGUUGCCAAACUUCAGGCAGCCGCACGCAACAACAGUCGAGAGGCCUUCCGUCAGUUCUCCGAAGCAGCCGACGCGAGCGCACGCAAAUGCACCCUGCGUGGCCAGCUGGAGUUCAAGUUUGCCGAGAAGCCCAUCUCACUAGACCUGGUGGAGCCCGCAUCGGAGAUUGUGAAGAAAUUCGCCACGGGAGCAAUGAGUCUGGGCUCGAUCUCGGCGGAGACGCACAGCGCUCUGGCCAAGGCGAUGAACAGCAUCGGCGGUCGCUCCAACACCGGUGAGGGCGGCGAACUGCCCGAACGCUACCUCGACCCGGCCCUCAGCUCGUCAAUCAAGCAGGUGGCUUCGGCGCGUUUCGGCGUGAACAGUUCGUACUUGGCGCACGCGGAGAUGCUGCAGAUUAAGAUGGCACAGGGCGCCAAACCGGGCGAGGGCGGGGAAUUGCCGGGUCACAAGGUCACCGCGGAGAUCGCGCGACUUCGUCACUCCGUCGAGGGCGUGGGUCUCAUCUCGCCACCGCCGCACCACGACAUCUACUCCAUCGAAGAUCUGGCUCAGCUCAUCUACGACCUGAAGGCAGCCAAUCCAAUAGCCGUGGUUAGCGUCAAGUUGGUUUCCGAAGUUGGCGUCGGCGUCAUCGCGUCUGGAGUUGCAAAGGCGCAUGCCGCACACAUUAUUGUGUCCGGUCACGACGGGGGCACAGGGGCCAGUUCCUGGACCGGUAUCAAGAAUGCCGGCUUGCCCUGGGAACUUGGCAUUGCGGAGACCCAUCAGGUGCUCGUGAAUAAUCACACCCGCUCCAAGGUCGUUCUCCAGGCUGAUGGACAGAUUAGAACCGCUCGAGAUGUUGUCAUCGCCGCCAUUCUUGGUGCAGACGAAUUUGCCAUGUCGACGGCUCCGCUGAUUGUAUUAGGCUGCACUAUGAUGCGCAAGUGUCACUUGAAUACCUGCCCAGUUGGCAUCUGCACACAGGACCCGAUUCUUCGAAGGAAGUUCGCUGGACUUCCAGAACACCUCAUCAAUUACUUCUUCCUACUCGCGGAGGACGUUCGACAGAUCUUGUCACAGCUUGGCUUCACGCGAUUAAACGAUCUAACCGGACGAACAGAACUGCUUCAGGCCUCUCCGACGCUGCGUCUGGCACGCUCUCUGCCCCCAGACCGCCACUGGGACAGACGUCUGCUGAUCGCGGCGAUUCCGCUCAUCGAGACACCGGGCGUCGACGUGCUGCCGGUCGUGCGGAUCUCUGGAGCCAUCACCAACGAGGACAGGGCCUUCGGGGCGUCCUUAAGCUACGCGAUUUCCAUGAAGUACAACGAAGCAGGCCUUCCGAAGACCAGAAGACUAGAGGUCAACCUUCGCGGACACGCGGGUCAAUCGUUCUGCGCCUUCCUGGCACCGGGUGUGUACGUGAGUCUAGCAGGCGACGCCAACGACUACGUGGCGAAGGGACUCUCAGGUGGCUACGUGACCAUAGUGCCUGCGUCGCGUCUCCUCACAAAGAACUUCCACUCAGAGGACCACAUCAUCGUCGGGAACGCGUGCCUCUACGGUGCCAUCGAAGGUCGUGUCUUCAUCCGUGGCCAAGCUGCUGAGAGGUUCUGUGUCCGCAAUUCCGGCGCUAUUGUCGUUGCUGAAGGCUGCGGCGACCACGGCUGCGAGUACAUGACGGGUGGCCGAGUGGUGUUGCUUGGUCGGUCGGGUCGCAACUUCGCCGCGGGCAUGUCUGGCGGUCUGGCCUUCGUCUACGACGCCGACAAGGUCUUCGAGGCGCGUUGCAACCGACAGCUCGUGAGCCUGGAGAACAUGACGCCAGAGAACGAGUACACCGUGUGGCUGUUCACAAUCAUCAAGACCUUCUUCGACGAGACCGGUUCCUUGGUUGCGCGUAACAUCUUGAAGCACUGGGAUACGGAGUUGGGCAAUUUUGUUCUGGUCUUCCCCCACGAAUACCGACUUGCCCUCGCUGCUGCUUCAUCCGCACCUUCAGCCGACACAACAGCUGAGAAGGCUGCGCUCACGAAUGGAGAUAGUCAUGUGAACGGCGACAUUGAAGACGUCCUCGGUUCUGGCGAGGUCGCUGAGGAGAAGCCGGAUAAAUUACGUGGUUUCGUGAAGUAUCCACGCACGAAGUUCAAGUAUCGCCAGGUGGACGAACGCCUCAACGACUGGGCAGAGGUGUACGCGCAUCGAAGCAUACGCAGGACCCUCAAAACACAGGCAGCGCGAUGCAUGGACUGUGGUGUGCCAUUCUGUCAGUCGAGCUUCGGAUGUCCCCUUGGCAACCAGAUUCCCAAUUGGAACGAUCUUGUGUACAACGACAACUGGAAUGCGGCUCACGACGCGAUGGUCCAGACCAAUAAUUUCCCAGAAUUCACUGGCCGUGUUUGUCCAGCGCCGUGUGAAGGCGCAUGCGUGCUCGGCAUCAUCGACCAACCUGUUACCAUCAAAAACAUUGAGUGCGCCAUCGGAGAGGUUGGUUGGGAACGAGGACUCAAUGUUCCCAGACCUGUGCCGCUCUCGAAGCAGACUGGAAGGCGUGUUGCCAUCGUUGGAUCGGGUCCCGCUGGCCUGGCUUGUGCUGCUCAGUUAAUUAAGGUCGGGCACAAGGUCGUGGUUCUGGAACGCCGCGAUCUUCCCGGAGGUCUUCUGCGCUAUGGCAUUCCAACAAUGAAGCUUGACCGUCGCAUACUAGAUCGACGUCUCGACCUCAUGCGUGCUGAUGGCGUCGAAUUCGUCUGCAACACCCAGGUUGGUGGUCAACCCGCUGGAAGUCAGCUACUUCAGGAUUUCGACGCUGUUGUCCUGUGUCUAGGAUCCACCUGGCCGCGUGAUAUCAAUGUUCCCGGUCGAGACCUUGAUGGAAUCCACUUUGCUGUGAAGCUGCUGCUCAAACAGGAGUUUUCCGCCGACGUGGCAACCCUGGCCAAAGGCAAACGCGUGGUUGUCCUCGGUGGUGGUGACACCGGUGUGGAUUGUAUGGCCACGGCAGCACGACAGGCGAGUUGUGUUCCUCCUACCUACCCUUCUCGCGAUCACCAGACAAACCCCUGGCCAGAAUGGCCGAUCAUUUUCCGCACCGACUACGGCCACGAGGAGGUCACAGUGCGUUUCGGCAAGGACCCGCGUAACUUCAAUAUUCUCACGAAGGAGUUCAUUCCUACGCCUGAUGGCAAGUCGGUUGCGGGUCUCCGAACUGUGUCUGUCAAAUGGGAGAAGUCUGGGGACGGAAGGCUGAAUAUGGUCGAGGUUCCAGGUACGCCUGCACCGAGAGGGUACUGGACUGCGACCUGGUGCUCCUCGCGAUGGGUUUCCUUGGACCCGAGAAGUCUGUCCUGGAGGAACUGGUUCUGGAAUGCGACGCGCGGUCGAACAUCAAAACACCCAACGGACACUAUGUCUCCUCCGUCCCACGAGUCUACGCCGCCGGAGACUGCCGUCGUGGCCAGUCGCUCGUGGUCCACGCAAUCAACGAAGGUCGACAAGCGGCCCGUCAGGUGGAUAUUGACUUGAUGGGGAACAGCGUGCUGCCCGGUCCAGGCGGUGUGGUUCUCCCCGAGAACACGAAGGUUGAACUCGUAAAAAAUGCGGACAUCUAA